AUGGAAGACCUUCCAACCCGGUUACAUACAGCGAUAGAGGAGGGCAACUCCAAACUUGCCGCACAGCUUUUGGAUAUUGGAGCUACUAUGAAUUUUGAAUUGUUCGCUAAAGCAACCCGAGAAAAGCAGUACGACAUCCUUCAAUCAUUUCUUGAUCGUGGCUGGGAUAUCAACACAGGAUCCGCCAUUGAUACCGGAGUCCCUUCAGCACUCGUUUAUACUUUUGACGACCCGGGUCUCGCAACAUGGCUUUUGGAGCACGGCGCCGAUCCUAAUAAACGCUGCCAGCUGCGGGACGCCACUCCUUUAUCCUAUGCUAUCUCCGAGGCUUCAUUCACGAUUAUCAAGCUUUUCUUUCAGUAUGGAGGAUCGACCGAACAUGGCCAGCUUCUGCACUUCGCUUCAAUGAGACGUGAUUCAGAUGCACUAAAUAUCCUGAAAUACCUUUCUAACAGAAGCCCGCAUGUUCUGGACAGAAUCAAUCAUUUUCUCGAUGAAGGCUACCCAGAAUACAGGAUGAAUUAUAGAUUUGGUCUCUGUACGCCUGUUCAGUAUGCUGCUCGGGCUGGGUCACUGGAGUCUGUGAAAUACUUGGUUGAGAAUGGAGGAGAUCCAUGGCGUUUGGAUCCCUACAGGCGAAAUGCAUUGAGCUAUGCAGUUCACUAUCACCAUGAACCUGUAAAGGACUAUUUGUCUGAUCUCAAGAGUGAAAAUUAUGUAACUGUGUAA